CCUGUUUUGGUUAUAAGAUUUCGCUAAAUACAAAACGAUGGUUUGAUAACUUUGAUCUGUUUUUAUCUACAACAUCUAACAUGUUUGUUAUGUGUAUGUUAUUUAAUGAGAGAAUCAAAUCAAUCGCACUUCUGUUUUUCAGCUGUCAACUUGUGUAGUUUAUGAUUCUUAAGAAAUAAAAAAUGGAUACGAAAACAAAGGCCCUGCAAGCUAAAGUGAUGCUAUGGUGAGAACUGUGUCCCAAGAUUAUGCUAAUUAUGAUUGGUUGCUGCUUAAAUACAUCCAACCAAGAAUCCAUUCCCUGGUUGUUUUCAGGACAGACGUAAACUACCAUGACAUGGAUGAAAUCGACAAAAUGAAGUCCAUCCCUGAUCUGGAGAGUGCUUUAUGCAACGUAUUUGGAGUCGACCUCCCUGAACCAAAAAGAGGAGUUCUGCUGGAGUUGUAUGUCCAGACGGUGCUUUUUUGCAGAGAGUGCAACUUUAAAAAGGAACACACUUCUGCUCUCUUGUCCAUCAUCAAGUCCAUCCACGAGGCUAACAUACAAACUUCCUUCAACAACAUAGAACAGUGUUUCAAUUACUGCAAGGAGCUGCUUCUCUGUCACUCAGUCAGGCGACCUCCAUUUAGUAUCGACCUCUUCAGCUACGAGGAGGUGAACUGUAUCUUAAAGUACAUCCAUAACAGCUACAUCAACCACUACAAACUCUACAAAUAUAUUUUCACCCCACAGGUAAAACUUGAUUUGUCUUUGACUUACUCUGGGAUUCCAGAUGAGGAUGAACAAACCUUGGAGGAUUCUUCUGCUCCAGAUGUUGAAAAUGUGAUGGAAACAGAAGCAGCGCCAAAGACAGACAGCUCUCCUCAAACGCAGGAAGCGUCCAUCGGAGAGCCGGAGGGAGCCGCACUCGACCUGAAGGCACUGAUCGAGAAAGAGGUCAGAGAGCAGAUGACGCUCGUGUCUGGACAACUCGAUCAGCGAAUGAAAGACAUUGAAGAUCAGCACCACAGCGCACUGGAUUCUCCACAGCCCAGCCACAAGUCCAAAAAAUAAUGGAUGAGAAACAUUGAUUUUGAUUUAAUACUCACACAAAAUACAAC